AUGGCUUCCCCUUGCUCUGGGCACCUUAGCCCCACCGGUCUGCCCCCGCCUGCUGUGGCCACUCCAGGUGAGACCGCAGGUCCCGCUGUGCCCCCCGCACCGCGCUUCCCCGACAUCUAUGGCGGCGACGCGCAGCUCUGGGAGGCGCAUUUCCGCGGCAUCGGGCGCGCCUACCGCGCGCUGGGCAAGGAGGACGACUUCGCCAUCCGCGUGCUCACAGAGGACUUCACGCUGCCCUUUCCGUUCGCCUGGCCACCGGGGCCCGACCCGGCCACCGGGCCGCUCUUCUACGAUCCGCGGGACCGCGCGGGCUUCGAUUUUCUGCUGCGCGGCCCUGGCGCGCCACCCCCCGCGCUGCUGCAACCCCUGCACGCCACGGCGCAGGCAGCCGAGCGCAAGCGACGCCUGGAGCGCCUGGCGCUGAGCUAUGCGGGUGCGGGUCGGCCUCAUGGCUUGGUGCUGCUGGCACCUGCGACCGCUGCUUUCCCGCCCGAAGCGGGCCGUCCUGCUUGGCGCACUUUGGGUCGCGACAGCGAAUAAAGCCUUUGUCUCUCCUGUCCCCUCGUCCUGCAUCGCCCUGCCCCGUGCGCCAGGGAAGCCCUGGAAGGGGCGCGGGACACAAUGCCUGCACGAACUCCACCACCUAGCGAGUCUGUGAGCCUGAUGGAAAAGGAGAUCCAGGCAGGCUGCGAGAAGGAGAAGGGUCGGGGAAGGUGGGAAGUCAGUCCCUCCACCCCAGUGUUGGCUCUCUCACUC